AUGAUGCAUAAUCUACUACUUGGUCUGACAUUACUGGCAGCUGAAGCUGCCAUAGCUCAGCAAAUAAUCUCUGUCGCAUCGUCCGUACCAGCAGGCGCCUCAAAGUCAGUCGACAAGUCUUUCCCAGGCCUAACCUUCGAGGUCUCCUCCUUCUACAACUAUGCCAUCGCAGACGGCAAGCCCAACACCUUCUCCCAAAACCUGAUCAACGACAUCUUCUCCCGCACAGGCGGGACCCCCAUCCUCCGUGUCGGCGGCACAUCAGGCGACCAUGGCCACUUCGACGCCAACCAAAAGGAGUCCGUCAACUUCCCAGCAACAAUCAGAGGCCCAGCCUUCGACAAGCCCUACCUUGCCUUAGGCCCCUCCUACUUCGAAGCCUACAAGAGCUUCCCAAAUGCCAAAUUCCUCUUCAUGGUGCCGCACGAACAAGUCUACCUCGGCGAACAACCCAUCAGCAACACCAUCGAAUGGGCCCGUCACGGCCUCGCAGUCAUCGGCGACCGUCUCGACGCUCUUGAGAUAGGCAACGAGCCCGACUUCUACCCCCGCAUCACACACCAAAAAUACAUCGACUCCUCCCUCAAAAUUCAGGCCGCCUUACAAAAGGAGUUCCCAAAGUUACUAACCGGCAAACCCAUCUUCCAAACCAUCGACAAAGCCUGGAACCCCCUCAGCCCCUGGCCCAUCUCCGCCUUCUCCAAAAUGAACACGACGGGAGCCAUCAAACAAGUAGCCUACCACUUCUACCCCCACGGCUUCAGCCCCCUGACCCCCUCCAUCCUCCAACGCCGCAUCGCAAACCACACCCACCUCGUCGCAUCCAUGACCUUCAUCGCCGAGAAAGUGCGCUUCUGGAACGCCCAAAACCGCCCCAAGCGUAUCCUCAUGGACGAAGUCGCCUCCACCAUGGCCUGGGGCGAGGGCCACAAUAACCUAAUCACCGCCCUCUGGAGCGUGGAUUACCAACUCCACUGCGCGGCGAUUGGGGUGGCGAGGGUCCAUCAUCAGCAGAUCGUGCGGCCGGGUUUCAACAUGUGGCAGCCGGUGCCGUCGAAGUUUGCGCCGCCCCAGGUACGGGCGAAUUUCUAUGCGAUGCCAUUUGUGGCAGACUUCCUAGGCAAGAAUCCUUCAAGGGUGAAUGCGAUUCCGUUGAAGGGGAGUGAUACGCUGGCGGCGUAUUCUGCGUGGGAGGGGGGCAGGAUUAAGAGGAUUGCGGUUGUGAAUUUGAAGGUGUGGAAUAAGGGGCAGGGGCAGGGUGCGAGGGGGUUUGUGAAUUUUAAGAUUGAGAAUUUGGGGGCGGUUAGGAGUGCGAGGGUGAAUUAUUUGACUUCGCCGGAUGGGGGGAAGGCGGAGGAUUCGUUGACGUGGAGUGGGUUGCAGUGGACGUAUGAGAGUAAUGGGAAGGGGGUGCGGGUGAAGAAUGAUGAGAAGAUUGUUGCUGUGAAGGAUGGGGUGAUGAAUGUGGCGGUGGAGGCUAGUAGUGCUGUUAUUAUUGAGUUUUGA